AUGGGCUCCAACGGGAUCGGCAAUAUCCCUAACUCUCUUCGCGACUACCACCGCGGCGGCGGAAACCAUCACCACCAUUUCUUUUUUAUAUCACCACUCUGCCCAUUUCACCAUUCAAUUUUGCAUCCAAAAAAUCACUCGCCAUUGUGUAACUUUUCUACUUGUUAUUCUGCCUCUCCCAAUCCACAUCUCAACUUUCCGUGUACUCAUCGCCAUGAAGAAUUUGAUGCCUCAAAAUUGAUUGAGGAUGAGACCAAGGAGCUGGAAAUUGAGCAAGAUGAUGAACCGAUUUUUGUUCUAACCGACGAAUGGAAGGACUUAUUUGCAAAAUCCGAGGCCAAAAGGAGACUCGGGCAAGAAUUAGAAGAGGAAUUUCCUCAAGCAGCAAUUAACAUCUCGAGGGUUUUGGGUUCUUUGGACCAAUUUGGGUUCUCCUCCGACCACCUGGGAGAUGGUCUACAAUUCAUAACUACUACUCUUACUCUCGGAGUUGGUCGCGGGUUUGAGCUGGUGGAUUGGACCCGCAUGGACUCGGGCUUUGCCGUGGGGAGCUCGGGUUCGACGGAAGCCUUGGACGCCGGUGGGUUUGGGCUCGCCGGAAAUGUGAGCUUCGCCGGAAAAAUGGCCGGAAUUCAUGGUGGAAGAAGAUGGUGUACUUUUGGUCUUGAAGAUGAAAGUGGAAGAAGGUGA